GCUUGUCAGUAGCCGUCCGACGACCGCUAUCGCGAAGUCGACGUCCACUGAAACUCUUUCAAGUACAUGAAUUGAUAAGUGAAAACUCGGAAACGAUGAACAUUUUACCACCGAAAACGGCGAUGGGAUAACAAAAACCCGCCACCUUUCAUUUAACUCGCACCCUCGCACCUUUUUUUCCCUCCUAAACAUUCCGCUCUUUCAGUACUUAAUACCAAUUUUCGGCAUCCUGUUCUUUUAAGCGGUUAACGAACUCUAAGUUUUGCGGUUUUUUACUAAAUGUGUAUGAGUGAUUCCGUAAUGUUGUGUUUUGUGCACGGAUUUGACGGCAGUAACAAAACGAAGGAUGGAAGGGGGUACAAACCGCCCAAACUGCUGAUGGUCAAGAAGAAGUUGCUUCGCAAAUCUAGGUCAUCAAGUAAUUUUGGAACUAUUGGCGCACGAUCGGCUCCAAGUACGCCACAUGGAUUACUUGGUUCCUCGCCAGGAGGGCUCUCGGAAAAUGUCUCACAACCCUGCAGCCCUCCCGGUUACUCGACUCUUAUCCAACGGAGUCCUAGUCAUACAAUUUUUUCAAAAUACGAUAAGGGCGCUUUAAAACAACUCUCAAGUUCCACACCUGCAAUGACGGCACAGGCACGCUCACCUGAACCUCCAAGUCCGAAAGGGUCCACCAAGGAGGACAAAUUACCGACUACCUCAAAAGCACGACAGAAAAAGUUUCUUAGGCACUUUCCUGCUGUAGAUAUCGACGAAAAAGUAUUAAAUUAUUAUUCCUGUGCUUUAAUAGGUGAUAUUUUACUGCAAGGACAUUUGUAUAUUACAAAAAAUUACUUUGCUUUCUACUCGAACGUAUUCGGCUAUGUUACAAAGUUACUUAUACCGUUAUUAUCAGUACAAAAAAUUACAAAGGAGAAGACGGCAAGAAUUAUACCAAACGCUGUAGGAAUCGCGACAGUGGAAGACAAGCACGUGUUCGGAAGUCUAAUGUCAAGGGAUAGCACCUACAGGCUUAUGACGAAAGUGUGGGAUGCGGCGAGAAAUAAUGCUCAAACUGUUGAAGCUGAACUUUUGGCAGUCAACGCUCCGUCGGAAUGUAGCGAUAGUACAAAAAGUAGUGAAAGUGAUACUGAAUUUAUGGUAGCUGAUUCGGCGAACGGUUUGGUCGAUUCGGUGGAUCCAAAUGCAAGGAUACGUAGAUUGCCUUCGUUGUGGCCUCCCCUCAAUUCUGAACAUUCAAGCAAAGGAGCUAGCGAUGCAGAAAGUAAGAAAUCGAACAUCAACCAUUCAGUUUGGCGUACCUCUAGGAUACUAAAUUUGCCAGCUCAAACUAUAGUAUUAUGUGCAAGCACAUUUCUUCUCUUGCUGCUAUUUUUAUCGGCAGGUAUUUUACUGUACCGGAUAGGACAGGUUCAACAGAAGUACAUUAUGGCUUUACAAGAUAACCACCUGAUGAGUAGUACGGAGGAUGUUUAUGGUGAACUAUUGCAAUGGCAAGCCCAACUACACACAAAAUCGGCGGGGGCCGUUCACAACUUCCUAGAUACAAAUUUAGAUCAAAUUGCGAAAGUGAGGCAGUCCUUAGAAGCUUUAUCAACAUUAUUAACGGUGUCAUCAAAUAAUAAUAGUGUUAAUCGAAACCCUCCAGCCGAACAUACGAACGCGCCAGAAACAAGUUAGCUGGUUCCACUGUACCUUGCCGUUUUUGGAUGUAAGCCUAAACUUUCAAACUGAAAGUCUCGUAGUUGUUGUAAAGUAUUUUUCUUACUUGUUAUCAAAAUUAAUCAGAUCAGUGGUGUUUGAUUAAGUGUGAUAUUUUUUAUUUGUGUUUUAGACAUAGCGACGUUAACGGCGUUAAUGAAUUUUUUGAUAUUUAAAAAAUUCCUAGUAGCGUUUGUUAAAUUGAAGCCUACUUAUUACAUUCCUACUUUUAAGCGUAGUGUUCAAUCUUUCAUUGAAAGAUUAGGUGCUUUGGAAUUAGUUCCUACAUUUAUUUAUUAAAUAGUUUUUUAUGUACAUAUGUAUGUUUUUGUUAAGCUACGCCAUCGUUUUGCUGUUUCGUGUCCUGACUAUGUAGUGUACUACUUAUCAAACAUCCACUGCUAAAUCGCCAUGUAUCUUCAGAAGGGCAAUUAGAUGGCAAACAAACAAAUCUAGUGCUGUUCGUUAUAAAAAUAGCUACUUAUAGGGAAAAGGCUGUAAGAGGUAGUCGAACGUGUGUAGACAUAGUUAAUUGAAAUCCUAUUUGCCAAAACCUCUUUGCCACAAGCUCAUGCCAUAAAUUAGUAUUUCAUAAGUUACUUAUUUCUUGAAACAAAUUACAUUUUAGACAUUGUUUCACGAGUUACAUUAUUUUUGAUAUUUAAACACCAACUAGGCACCUUUAUGAUUAUUUUGCACCAAAGAAUGUAAUUUCCAUUUAAAACUAGUUUAAAACCAACUUCUCAUUGUUGUUCAUUCCGAAACUUUAAAAUACCCUUGCCUUGAAAGGAAGAAGAGGAAGAUCUUAAUCCGCCUAAUUCAAAAUUACUCAAUUUUAAUACUAUUACGCAAUAUGCACAAUAGUUAUAGGUAAUUAAAAAAGUUUUUCGAAAGUUGCUCACUAAAAUCAUUAGCAUAGGUAGUAAGUGCGGAUUUUGACAUACACGAAGAUUUGCAUCUGGUGGCCUAGCAUGUUUUUUUACACCUCUCAUGGGAGCUUUAACUAUAAUGCGCGGAAUUCGUUAAUUCAAGUUAUUAAAAUAAUGGGCAAUAAAAAGACGUAGCAAUUAAAAUUCCUUUUAAAUAUAAUACAAAAAGUUCUCACAGAUUCGCAAAUUUAGAAAAACAAAAUUUUGAGGGUGUUCAUAGCUGCAUGGCCACCACAUUUUACCACAGCAUCGUUUUAUUGACAAAGUGUUACGACGAAAAUUGUAAAUACUUUUUGUAGUACCUAUAAAAUUGACACUUAGUUUAUUUCUAGUUUUAAAUAUAUUUACCAUAAUUGGUAGGGGCAAUAUUAAGAUAAAUGAACUAAAAUAACAUUCGUUAAAUAUUUUGUAGGCAUUCCCAGUUUGAAUUUUAUAGGUAACACAGAAUGGUUUACUUUUCUUUGCAUUGUUUUGUAAUAUAGCAUUUGUUGUAUUUUUUAUCUGAUCGUUUUAUUCUGUACUUGUAUAAGUAAACCUGUGAUAAUUUUGUUUUGCUUAGAUCCCAAUAAAUAUUUU